CUGAAAAUUCAUGUUCAAAAGUACACUUAAACGUUUAUCAAAAAUUGCGGGAUAGUAAGCCGUUUGUACAUUACGUAAAAUUGCACAACAAUUGAGCGCUGAUAGUGCUUUCUCAUAAAAAUGUGGCAGAAAAUUUGGCGCUAGUUCAUCGCGCGUUGUAGACAGCCUUAUAACAAAAGACGGAUCACAUCAAAGCAUGAUGGCUCCCCAAACGGACAGGAGCUCUAUCUUACGGAGUAUGCAGGCGAUGUAUCACGAUUAGAAUAACAUGACCGUGGGUAAACUCCUGAAAACCCCGUUGAUUCUUCACCCUGGUGAAGAUUCUGAGCACACGAAAUCCCCGACACUAUGUCCGUAUACCAUUUACUACUGUUACUGUCUCUGGGGGAAAUAAGCGCAGCGUCAAACGAGCGCAACUCCAAUGAAACGUUCAUUGAAUGUGGCCUGGGUUACCGGAAUUGCUCACAGAAGCUCAGAAGAUUCGAUUGCGACAAUGAACUUUUCAACUGCUCUGUCGGGGGAAAAGACGAAAUAAAGACUUUCGAGAACACAAUCUCACUCAGUAAAGGAUGUAAUGUUCGAUUUGAUGCACCGGAACUGCUAGGUAUUAGCUCAGACUGUUUGAAGAACAGUGCCAUAAACCAGAGACAGACGAUUGAGAUUACAUUUCGCCUUCCAAAAGCAUUUUUCUGUAACAAGAGUGACGAAGAUCAAUCGCAACACGUUGGUCAUUACCAGUUCCCUAAAGCGAUCUACCUCAACUUAAGCCGAGUACGGGAGGAGGACUACAGUGACCCGUGGUCCUUCACAUGCCCUGGAGAGAGAAUCUUCAUCUUCCACAAAUAUUCCCCACGUCUAAAUUACGAUGCGGGCAGCCCGAGGAACUUAACCUACCGGCACAGGCUUGGUUUGAACCUAUCUAACCAAAGCUAUUCCUACAUAUUGAAUUUGACCACGGCUGAGGCCAGUAUUUUUUAA